AUGCCUUCAUACGAUAAGCCAAAUAACCAUCGACCAUUGGCACCAACGUUAAGUGCUUCUGCGAACAGAGGAAUCAAACCCAAACCUCCAUUAACGCCAAAAGUUUCCACGAGACCUACUUCAAGACAAUCACGUACCGAAAAUCUUACCCCAAAUAAUGCAAAAGAAGAUUUAUCGACUCCCGUUUCUACAUUCCUCAAUAGUAACAAUAUAACUGCAAGAUCUAGUACAAGAAAGACUCGAUUUGAUACUUCAAACAAUUCAUCAUCAGGAACCCCCACACCUUCCGAACCUCCCCGAUUAUACGAUCCUACACAUAAUGGCUCGGCAUUGGGUAUCUCUGGUUUGGAGAAGGAUACAUCUAAACGAGCAUCAGUAACAUUUAGUCCCUCUAAUUCGGAUUUGAAUUAUUCACAAUCAUCACAAUCUUCUGUCGACUCCAAAUUCUUUUUUGCCAGUGAUGUAAAACCGCAAAGUCACAAUUCACAGCAAACGAAAUCUUCACCCACUAAAAGGGCGUCGACAUUGUUUCACACCAAUGGAGAUAAAGUUCCCAAGAAACCUUCACCUCGUUCUGGGGCAUCGACGGUAGGGUCAUCUGUUGGGGAAGAAAGAGGACACGCGAAAUUCUUCCAUGCCAAUGGCACUCCUGAAAUAGGAUUAUCACCUUCACCACACUUUGCGCCUCCUCGCCCAAGUUCGGUACUCUCGACUCAUUCUCGAGUGGCAUCACCACGACUAGCAAAUGUUACCACAUCUCCUUCCCAGCGACCUACGUCACCACAUAAAUCAAAUCCCCAACAUGCCUCAAUUUCAUCAGUCAGGUCUCCAACCCCAUUGGCUUCUCCUGUUUUACCUCGGCCAAAAGCUGGCCCGCGUGGCCAAUCUGCGAAUAAUAUUCACAUCACACAUUCAAGGAGAACAAGUGCAGAUGGGGGAUAUGGCCAUCAACGAACGACAAGUACAGGAUCAUCUAUGGAGAAAUUGAUAACGACAAGGAAGGUUUCAUCAGGAGGCCAUUUUAUGGAUGUACAAAACCCAAUUACGAUAACGGAACCGUCAAGUCCGGCCUCGCUAGCACAUACGGAUGAGAUUCUAGAAGGCGAGGGGAAGGAGGAUGAAGGAGAAGAAGAAGAAGAGGAAGUGGAAAGUGAAGACGAGGGAGAAGAUGAGGAUGAUGAUGAGGAUAGUGACUCGAUUUCUUCUGGAGGGGAAGUAAAAGAAGAAGUCCUUAAAGCCGGGGAUUCGAUAGAGCGCAUGAACGAAUUAGCAGCGGUCGCACGAAAGGAAAGAAAGGUGUUAGAUCUGGAGAUUAGGAAUUCAUCCCUCGAAGCUAUAAAUCGAACUUUAGAACGAGAAAUGAGGAAACAGACAGCUGAACUACGAAGAUAUAAAAGACUGAGUCGUUCAGGUCGGUUAUCCAUGGCCACAAGAGCAUCAUCACGUGCAACGAGUGGAGCUCUGUCGGCCGUAGAUGAGAAAGAGGGCAAUGAUCUAUCAGAUAAUAGUCGGGAUAAUACUGAUCUGGAAGAUGAAGAAGAUGAAGAGGAAGAGGAAGACGGCAUGAGUUCUGACGAAGAUUUUAUUGACGAUGGAACAUUAAGUCCUGGAGCGGUAGCCGAACACGAUCUCAAACAUCGAAAAAAGGACGAAAAAAGAUUACGCCUUGAUUUAUCAAAGCAUCAACAACUACUCAUUGAUAGUCAAAAAAUGAAUCAAAGCCUGAAGAAAUGUUUAGGCUGGACCGAGGAACUCAUCAAUGAAGGAAAACGAGCAUUGGGCUACCGAGUAAAAACCAGCGAUAUAGGAACCCUUGCACCUCGUGUCUUAGCACACGACGAAUUUGACGAUGACGAUGUCGAAAUCGAUAACGAGGGAAUGUCAGCCAUUGGAGCGAGUCUCCUGAGAGAAGCGAGGAGAGCGGCCGCGGAACAACAUAUGGAGAAGGGAGAUCUUGAUAUACCGACAGAGACGGAUGAACAAUUGAAAGAUUUAACUCAAGAUAUUCAAUUCGCUCUUUUCGCUUCUUCGGGGGAACCGAGUGAAAUGGUGGUGCCAAAGACGAGAGAUGAAAGUUUGCAGUCGGUACCGAUUGCCCCACCUACUAGUCCAUGGGUUUCGACUUUUACUUCGAGGUUGCAGACACGCUCAUAA